AUGAACCAAUAUGAUCAGUGGAAUCGAAGGAUCCGGACCAUCUGGUAUUGCAGCAGUCUAUACGUGGAGUACAAAAAUGCCCUGAGGAAGUCGAGGAAGAUGCCGGUCGAGAAGAAGACCGAGUACUGGGAGAAGAAGCACGAGGAGUUCGCCACGAAGAUGCUGAACAAUAUAUACGAAUUGAGAGGAUGGUGGGUGAAGGUAGGGCAGUUCCUAAGCACUCAGGAAAACAUCAUGCCCGUGGCGUACAUCGAGAAGUUCACCAAGCUGCAGGACAUGAUGCCCACCUCCUCCUUCGACAAGAUAGAAGUCAUUCUUAAGAGGGAAUUGGGAAACAUCUAUGACAUAUUCGAGCACAUCGAAAAGGAGCCCCUCGCGAGCGCAUCGAUAGGACAAGUACAUCGAGCCAAAAUAAAGAAGCACGGACAUGAUGCCACCCCAGAUGAAGUUUCCAAAACGAAUGAUUACAAUGUUAUUAUAAAAAUUCAGCACGAAGGAAUUGACCAGUUUCUUUCAUCCGAUAUAAAUACACUGAAGAAAGUAUCCUGGGCAUUUGGUCUAAUAGACAAAAAUUUUUACUUCACAGAUUUUAUUGACGAAUGGCAGGACUCGGCCUCCAGAGAAUUAAACUACAAGUACGAACUCUACCAUCAGCUAUUGGCUUAUAAUACCUUUAAGAAAUCUGGGAUCCCUCUGAAGAUCCCACAAAUAUAUUGCGCCUACACGACCUCCAAAGUUCUCGUAAUGGAAUACAUCAAGGGGUUUAAAAUUACAGACACGAAUUCGAUAAGGAAGUAUAACGUGAAUGCUUACGACUUGGUUUAUAAAAUCAUCGAUUACUUUGCCUAUCAAAUUCAUAAUGAUGGUUUUUUUCACGGAGAUCCCCACCCAGGGAAUAUUCUCGUUAUGGUACAGGAGAGGGGGCGGAGGGGCAAGGGGAGAAGGCGCUCCAAGAGGCGGCCAAGUGAGGUUGUGGAGAAGCUCGCAGAGGGGGACGCGCAGGCCAUUCCGGGAGAACUUCCCCCCGGGGAUGGCAAGAAGGGGACUGUUUUCAGCGCAACGGGGAACACGUCCAACCGGUCAAACGGGUCAAACGGGCUUAACGCGUCUAACGCGUCUGACCUCUCCUCGGCCAUGUCCCACGCGCUGAAGGCGCCCAACGAGGCCAACGCGCCGAACCCCUCCAACACGUCGAGCGCCUCCAUGGAGGACUUCAUAGAUGCGAGGUACAAUAUCGAUAGGAUGAAAUGCGCACCCAUGAACUCCACGAACCCGUUUUGUAAAUCCAUCAGCUUUGUAGAUUACUCGAAUAAGAAGAAUCAGGAAAUUUCUGACCAAAUUCUGAAGGAGGACUACGACUUUAUUCUUAAUGAAAACAUGAGCGAUGGAUUGAGCACCAUCCGGAAGAGCAUCUCCAAAUCAGAGGAGUGCGCGUCUUAUGGGAACUCCAGGGAGGAGGGCUUCUCGCUGGUUGCGAGUGCCACGGGCCCAGGGGACGAGUGCUCAACUAAGUUGAUUGAGAAUGAGAAUAACUCGCUGCGCACGCAGGGGAAUUUGUUCGAGGGGGGCGAUGUUUCGCCGGGGGAGGAGGCGGACAGGAAAGAAGCGGAGGUGCACGGGAAAGAGGCGGAGAUGCACGGGAAAGUAGCCCCAUUGCACGUUAACGCAGCUGAGGUGCAGCCCGCUGCUGGGGGAGGGCGCAGGAGGAAGAGGCGCGCUUACUCCUUCGUGCCCGUGAUCAUCGACUGGGGGCUGAUCAAACAGCUGGACGGCGUGAUGAAGCUGGCCUUCUGCAAAUUAGUCUACAGCAUUAGCUGCAUGAAUGUGCUGAACAUCAUCGAGGCGUUUGAGGACAUGGGCUUCUGCUUCAAGGAGGACUUCACCUACGACCCGGAAAUAUACAUAGAAAAUUUAAAGCGCUUUUUUUUGAAAAAGUUGGAGGAGUCCAGCAACAAAAUGAGCGAAGGUGGAGGAAUGAGCGGCGGGGGAUCAGCAGGAUCAGGAGCAGACAAGGAGAACCCAAAUGGGCCAGACGAAACGGGGAAGAAUAAAAAUUUAGAAGUGCUCAAAAAUAUAGACAAGAAGGACGUGUUAGACCAGAACCCAAUCAGCGAUGUCCCAAAGGAUAUCAUUUUCUUCAUGAGAGUAGCUUCCCUGCUCCAUGGGUUAUGUACCCAAAUGAAUGUCAGCAUAAAUUACCUCAGCAUAUUUUCAAGGCGAGCUAAAGAAGCCCUCGAAAAAGUCUACAAGCCGAUUCACCACUCGAUCUAUACCAUCCCGAUUGAUAAGAAUCCAAAUUCGUUUCUGGAAAAGAGAAUACAUAAUUUGCUUAAGAAGCUAUACGAGCAGAAGAAAAUUUUGGGGUGCCAGGUAGCCAUUAUACAUAAUAAAAAGAUCGUGGUGGACACAUGUGUGGGGGUGACCAGCACAACUGAUAAGAGACCCAUCACGAGACACUCCCUGUUCAAUGGCUACUCCUUAAACAAAGCCAUCCUGACCAUCGCCUUGAUACACCUCAUGUCUAACCUGGUGAAUGAGCAGUACUCCGCAGAGAAUGUCCUCUUAAAUUUGAGCAAAAAGAAGAAAAUGAAGGAAAAUCAGCAGGAGGAGGGGGUGCAGCCUACUUCCAGUGCGGACCGUAAGGCAAAGGAGGACGGGGCCCCUGCUGAGGAGGAAGACCAACAGGAAGAGGCCCAGGACGCAGCAGAGGUGCAGAACAAGUGCAUCAGUGAAAUGUUCAGCGAUAUUAACAAAAUCGAAAAUGAUUAUUUUGCGCCGGUUAAGAAGGCGGACGUGCAGUUGGAAGAGGCCCCUGCGGGUGCAGUGGGUGCAGCGGGUGCAGCGGCGGGCCUUGGGGGUCGCUCGGCCGCGACCACCAGCAAGUACAGCAGCGUCUACGGCGUGAACAACAACACGAGUCGGUACUGCAGCAGCUACGACCACAGCUUUAGCAGCGACGAGGAGGACGCCAAGGAAGAGGGGAAACGAAAGGAAGAUGAGGCGGUGCAGCUCGAUUCGCAGCGCGAUCCGCUGCAGAACUCGCAGCGGGACUACCAUCUCUCCCCGCAGAGAGAUUCGGCGACCCCCCCUGGGGAGGCACCCAACGAAGGCUACGGCGGGUACAACCGGGAAGUGUGCGAACAAAUCAUAAGUGAUAUAGAAGCCAGACAAAUAAAAAACUUCAAAAGUACCAUCAACGAUUAUAUAUGCAACUACUGGGACGGGUUCAUUUGCAAAAAUAAGAAGAACAUCACCAUAAAGGACGUACUAACGUUAAAGUGUUUCAUUAAAAAGCCUUUUCAAGACAAAAUCACGUUAAGUAAAUUUAUAGACUACAGUCAAAUGGUAAAGAUGAUAGAGAGCUCUCGAAACUGUCACGUGAAGAGGAAGACGAAGAAGCAGGGACUCUACCUCUAUCUAAUCGACACCUACAUUAUCUCCGAACUGAUUAACAACAUUUCUGGGCUGAAGUACUAUGAGUAUAUUUACAAGUAUAUUAUUAAGCCGCUAAAUUUGAAGGACGAAAUGUACAUCCCCAUUCCCUCGUACAUUUUGAAAAAACACCAGGAGGAAAUGAAGAAGAGCAAAACUGCAAGCGACUCCUCUGUGGUGAAUGAGAAGGGGAAAAAAAAUAACUAUAAAGAAAAAAAGGCUAGUCUGAUGAAAGAAUCUUCCAAUCCGCUCAGAAGCAAUGACUUAAAUUUGAACUCGUUCAUGUCCAAGAAGAAAAAUAAAAAGUUAAACAGCGCUUCAAAUUUUGCGAGCGAAUUUCAACAAGGGAAAAAUGUAACCCCGUCUAAUAGCAGCUAUAAUAGGGCCUUCCAAAACAGCGUUCUCGUCAACAAGCCGGGGAGCAGAAAAUUUAGGUCCCCCGUGGAGGCAGUGCAGAUUAAGAGGCGCUCCAUAAGUGUCGACGUGUACUACUCCUCCAGGGGGAGGAACCCCGGCGCGGAGGCCGCCCCCCCGAAGGGGCCAAAGCAGCUGCGCGACGUGGCAAAGGGUAAGGUGGUUAGCAAGGAGGUGGCUAGCAGUGAGGUGGCUAGCAGUGAGGUGGUUAGCAAAGAGGUGGAUAUCGGUGAGGUGAUUAGCGGCGAGGCUAACUACGGGGAGGACAAACCCCCGAUGGCUUCGCCCCCCGGGGGGGGCGCCAACGCGGAUGAGCCAACCCCCAUGAACAUCCUUCUGAACAAUAGGAAGAUCGCCGAAGUGGGCGGGGGCAAAAAAUUCGAGCCGACCAACAUGCUAGAAAGCAACCUAAAAGCAAAGGAACCACUCAGCCUCAAAAAUAAGUUGCUAAAUCAUGUAGACAAUCUGAAAGUGAAAACGAAAAAAAUUAACGACUCGAUUAAAAAUAUGUACGAAAAUAAUGAAAACACAUUUUUAAAAAAUCUGUUUAUUUCUCCACUGAAAAAAGCGGAAAACGCCAACAGCCCCCUCGCGUAUGACUACCGCAAUGUCGAGCUCAGCUACAUGUACGACAAAAAGUUGGGCAGUUAUGCAAAAAAAAAAAAUUUCCAAAAUUUCCAAAAUUUCCAAAAUUUUCAAAAUUUUCAAAAUUUUCAAAAUUGUCAAAAUUAUCCCUACGGCACGCACAACUAUUACUACAAUGAAUUUGCUUGCGAAGAUAUAAAACAAAAUAAAAUGGAAAAAAAAUGGAAUAUAAAAAAUAUUAACAAAAUUACAUCCAACUUUCGAUUCACAGACAAAAAUAAAAAAGACUUCCUGCUUAUCCGAUCAAAUGAAGAAAAGAAUAAACGUUCGCAUAGCUGCACAAAUUAUAAGCUAGCCAAAUACAACUUAAACAGACACACACAUCGUGAUGAGGAUGGAAAUAAAUUACCCAGUUCGAAUAACUCCAAUGGGAUUGUUUUUAAGUACCAGAAUGAUACGAAUGAAUUUCUCUUUGAUUAUAAUGUUCAUUUUUUUUCCGCGAAUUUUUUUAAUAUGUUGCCCGAAGGAAGCAAUAGAAAAAAAGACCCCAAUGAUGCGAGCAGCCCAUCUUACAAUUUAGAGGAAGGGAGCCGCUUUUACAAAUUAACGUUCGACGAAAAUGUCAGAACGCUGCUCGAAAAUUUAGACGCCAAGAGCAGCGGCGAUGAGUCCGCCAACAGUGUGCUGAAGGAAAAAUAUAAUAAAUACCAGAGGAGGGAUAAGAAGUACCGUAAACUGUUUCAGUAUAUAAAAGAUUUGAGAAUGAGCAUACGGGAGAGGGAGAGGAAGAUGAGGGAGGCCAGCAGCGCCUUGGUGCGCAGUGCCCAGGUGGAACCGGGAGGCAGUGCCGUCAGCAUAGGCAGUGCAGGCAGCGCAGGCAGCACGGAGAGCGCCGCAGUCACCAUGAGGAAUGAGAGCUCCGUGAAGAAUGAGAGCUCUGUAAAGAAUGAGAGCUCUGUAAAGAAUGAGAGCUCUGUAAAGAAUGAGAGCUCUGUAAAGAAUGAGAGCUCUGUAAAGAAUGAUAGCUCCGUGAGGAAUGAAAGCUCUGUGAAAAAUGAAAGCACGCUGAACAGCGGCAACAGCUUCAAACGGGAAGGAGCGCCCCCCGAAAUGAACCAAGACUUCCUCAAGGGCGUCAUAAAAAAAGACGAGGAGCUCCUAAAGAAACUAAUCGAAUAUAAGUACGCCAUCCUGAAGAGGCAAAGGAAUAACAUUCUCAAGAGAAAAAACAAAAAGAACAUUUACAUGAAUGAAUACUCCGAGGAGAUCGAGAUGUUUAGUGACAGCGAGGGGGACGCGCGCGGCUGCAAAAGGAGGGGGCACAAAAGGAUUAGAGGCAUCCGAAAAGGUAACAGAAGUGGAAACGGAAGAGGCAUUCGCAAAGACAAUGGAGAGGACCAAGUACUCAGCGGAGCGGAGACCCCCCCCAACAACAGCGCGUGCGAAAUGGAGGAGAGGAAACUCUUAGACGAGAAGAAGCACCGACUGGAAACCUACUUAGUCAUGAACAAGCUAUAUAAAAAAAACAACAAAGGGUUAAUAUCCGAAGAGAACCACACCAUCAGCAAGAGGACGGACGUCUACUGGCGAUUGGCAUAUUCCAAAAGAGACAUAAACUUCAUCGACAACGUUGCUAAGGAAGACAUGAAUAGCAAAUUCGAUUCGAUUUUGAGGUCCAACAUGAAGGGGAAAAAAAACGGGUGCGGUGACGCAGAGGGGGGGGAGGCCGUCAAUGCGGAGGGUGUCAGCGGUUUGAGCAGUGCCAUCGGUGUGAACAAUGGCAGCGGUGUGAAUAAUGGCAGCGGUGUGAACAAUGGCAGCACUGCGAAAGGUGCCAACUUGCCAAAAGUGGCCAGCCAUGCCGGAGGAGGCAGCCCGCCCAACCUGGCCAACCCCGCCAGUGGAGCCACCACGGGCAGCAACUCCAAUUUGGAAAACAAACUGAAAAGCUACCUGGAGAACUUCAAUGCCAAGCAGUACAACGAAUACAUUUCCCUAUUUCAGCUAGCCCAGGCAAAGCCCUACGUGGUUGACCCCCUAAUUUACGACUCUAAAAAAAUCCUAGACAAAUUUAUUCCCAUUAAUGGACGGUUCACCGCUAGGGCUAUGUGCAAAAUAAUGGCCUUUGCGAAUAAUAAAUUUUUUUUCCCUUCCUAUAUUAUGAACAAAGUGAGGAAAAUAUAUGCCCUGGAUGAAAGCAUAGAAUCUUUGAUCCUCACCGGGGGGAUGAGCAGGAAGUGGGGCAUGGGCUUUCAGCUCUUCGAGUGCGAAUACGCAGACGCCAUCAAUGAGGAUUUCUACCUGCGCAGGGGUAGGAAGUCCAAGGGGAGGAGAAGCAGAAGGGGGGGGGGCCCUGAGGGGGAAGGUGAAGUAGUGGGAGCGCCGCGCAGAAAGGGUGACACAGACAAGACUGACAAGAAUGGCAAGGCGGAUAAGAAUGGCAAGGCGGACAAACAUGACAGGGCAGGAAAACAUGACAGGGCAGGAAAACAUGACAGGGCAGGAAAACAUGACAGGGUGGGAAAACAUGGCAAGACGGAGAAACACUGCAAAGUGAAUGACAAGACCCCGCCCUCGAAGCCUAAGCGAAUUGUCGGGUACGGGCAGUCGGACUUCACCGGGUGCCUCGCGGUUUCCUUUCCCGAAAUUGACCUCUCACUCACGAUUCUGCUUACCGACAUUUUUAAGGGCGCAGCGGUGGCCCAUAUGAUCCUGGAGUACGUGCUCAAGCUGUACGGCAUAAAGCCCAAGUGGAAGUUGCCAGUGAAGGUGUCAGAACUGAUAAAGGUUUUGUAG